AUGCCUCGCGGAAACGACAACACCACAAAGGUCUUCUACCAAGGCAAGUCCGAUGACUUCGUCAUCUUUGUGGAUGACGUAAGCUCUGCUCAGAAAUGGCGACACGAUCGCACGGUCCCUCUUGCACAGGUCGUUUCUGGGUGGAAGGUGUUUGUGACACACAAACAAGGCGCACAAGGAAUCCUCGAUGGCGCCAGCAAAGCCAUGCUCGAGAACGAAUUCGGUACAACUAGGGAUGAGGACGUGGUGCAACAGAUUUUGGAAAAGGGCGAAAUCCAAGAAUCCACCAAUCGUGAACGUCAGGGUGAUCGUAAUGUGAUGAACGGCGGAAAUUUCGUGAAUACCUUCCAGGUCUAA